AUGGCUGCCCAAGUCCCUUCCAAGCCCCUCAUCCUCUCUGUUCGCUCUGGUGCUGCGAUUUCCAUGCCUGGAAUGAUGGACACCAUUCUCAACCUUGGACUAAACGAUGAAGUAGUUGCUGGUUUGGCUGCAAAAAAUGGAAGGCGCUUUGUUUAUGACUCAUACAGACGCUGUCUAGACAUGUUUGGAGACGUUGUAAUGGGCAUUCCACGUUCAUCAUUUGAGGAGAAGUUAGAAAAAUUGAAGGACGCGCUGGGAGUGAUAUGGGGUGCUCUGCUUGGGGCAUGUAGGGUGCAUGGAAACAUAGACAUGUUGAGGUUUGCAGUAAAGAAAUAUUUUGAUUUGGAACCAGAAAACGCUGGAAAGUAUUUUGUCUUGUCUAAUGCUUAUGCCACUUUUGGAUUGUGGGACAAUGUUGUGGAGGUUAGAGGAGCGAUGAGGGAAUCAAGGAUGAGAAAUGAGCUUGGAUAUAGUCGGAUUGAGGUCCAAAGGGAGGUGCACUUCUUCCUUAUGGGGGAUAAAUCCCACAAACAGACUGAGCAGAUAUACGAGGCUGCUUGGAUUGUGGAUGAUACAGAUGUGGAUGAUUCAUAUAGGAGUGAUAAUGGUGAUACUGAUGAUGGAAUGGUGCUAGUCCACAUGGCAUCCUUGGGUAAUAACAGCGAGAAGGCAUGUUCCGAUUCGACCUCGACACCUGCUCCAAGCGCAGUUUCCCAAAAUUUCCGUCUCAUUUACUACCACUGCAAUGCUCUUCUCUAUCUCUGCACUAUAUCAGUCGAUGAACCUUCCUCCAAAGCUCUAGCCCUAGACUAUGGUUUUCGCAUAUUCGAUCACGUGGUUAACAGCGGCGUCACCCCCAACGAGGCCACCAUCACCGCCGUCGCUAGCCUGGCCACCGCGAAGUCUGACGGGGAUCUCGCGUUCGAGGUGGUCCGAACAAUGGUGAAUUAUGAGCUCUCGCCGCGGCUGCGGACGUAUGGGCCCGCGUUGUUCUGGUUUUGCACGAACUUGGAAGGCGAAAAGGCGUGGGUUGUGGAGGAGCAUAUGGUUUCGAUGGGGGUGCAUCCAGAGGAGCCGGAGCUGGCCGGUGUUAAGGUGAGCGCGGAGAUGGGGAGAGGAGAUAAGGUGUAUGCAUAUUUGCAUAAGCUGAGAACCGCUGUGAGGAGUGUCAGUGAGUCAACUGCGGAGAUUAUUGAGGGUUGGUUCUGCGGUGAAGCGACUUCGGAGGUGGGCGGUGCGGAUUGUUGUUUGGGUGCGAUUGAAGAGGUGGCAUUGAAGAACGGAGGUGGUUGGCACGGGCAAGGGUGGAUCGGUAAAGGGAAGUGGGUGGUUUGUAGAGCCAAAGUUGAUUCGAGUGGCCAAUGUGGCUCUUGCAGGGAGCAGCUGGCUACUGUUGACAUUGAUAGGGCUGAGACGGAGACGUUUUCAGAGUCAGUUGCGGCCAUGGCAAUGGAAAGGGAAGUCCGGUCCAAUUUUCGGGAGUUUCAGGAUUGGCUGGACAAGCAUGCUGAUUAUGAAGCUAUUGUGGAUGGAGCAAAUAUUGGGCUCUACCAACAGAAUUUUGCCUCAGGUUGUCCAACCUAAUUCCUUGACUUGUCUCCCUCGACUGUUAUAUUUGGCUUCCUCUUUUGAACUCCUAGGAAGCAGCUUUUUUCUCAAAUGGAAAGAAAGACAUCAAGUAUGUGCUGUCUAAAAUCCCAGUCUUUUA